UUAAAAUCAUAGAACCAAUAACACCCCUUAGCCACGAGAGGGGAAAAAAACUCAGUUUCCAGAAACUUACCAGAGAGAGAGAGAGAAAUGUCGAAGACGCUGGUGCAGCCGGUAGGGCAGAAGAGGUUGACGAACGUCGCAGUGGUUAGACUGAAAAAGCAAGGCAACCGCUUCGAGAUCGCUUGCUACAAGAAUAAGGUCCUUUCAUGGCGCUCCGGCGUGGAGAAAGACAUAGAUGAAGUGUUGCAGUCACAUACUGUUUAUUCAAAUGUGUCCAAAGGAGUUCUUGCCAAAUCAAAAGACUUCACCUCGCUUCUGGAUAAGCUAAAAGAGUGGGGCGCUUCUCUUGUCUCCAGAGACGAAUCUGGAACCCAAAUGUCCACUGUCUGUGAGAUGGAACCGGGACUAUUCCGAGAAUGUGAUUCCCUUGUGAGGAAUAUGCUGGGGAGAUUAGAGAUACUCGCUGUAUCGGUUCAUGCUGAAGGUGACACAAACAUUGAUCAUUACGAUGAGCAUGAUGAUAUGGCAUUGCAGACCAACAAGCCCUUGUUGCCUAUUGAGACUGAGACGGAUCCCGUCGUUGAACUUAGCAAGAAAACGCAGAAGCAAGAGAUGGGUACAAAGAAAGAAGAAGGAACCAAGUGCAGCACUUGCAACACGUUCGUUGGGGAAGCUAAGCAAUUCAGAGAGCAUUGUAAGAGUGAUUGGCACAAACACAACUUGAAGCGUAAGACGCGCAAACUGCCUCCUCUUACUGCUGAAGAAUGCAUGGCUGAGAUUGAUAUGGACGACUCCAAAGCAGAUUUGAAAGACUACUCUUUCUGAAAUUUACUGAUUUUAAAUGUAGGCCCGCCUUCUUUGUUGAUGUUAAAUGCAAUAUCUUGUAGUCGUAUAUAUUCUACACAAACUUGUGGAGCUGAUCAAUGAGUUUUUCCCAUAAUGUAGCAGUUAACAGACCCUUUUUCUCACAAUGGAGAUAGCUAUUGACAUUUUGGAUUUUAUA